UUUGUUUAGUAUUAGGGCUGCUCAGUCUCUAUGUAUAAUAACAGGCUGUGCAUACACAUGCAUUUUAUGUAUAACAGUGCAGGAGUGGGGAAUCUGCAGUCAGUCCUCCAGUUGCUGGGGCUCCAGUUCUGAUCAGCCCCAGCAGUCUUAUCAACAUUUGGAGGGCCAAAUGUCCCCCUCCCCAGCCCAUGCCAGAGACAAGAUGCACACCCUCACAAAGAGUUAAGUGAGUCAAAUCCUGCACCCAAGUCUAGCAGCUCUUACAAUCAGCAUUUUAACAAUGAAUUGUCCAAAGGGCAAAAAGCUAGGGACCAGAAUUUCUUGAAGCAAAAGUAUAGGUUGUCUUUGGGUAACAGGACUUGUUGGUUACGGAACUUCCCCAGUUCCAUAUGGUUGUAUGCUAAUUUUGUGCUGGUGCAGCCUUUUGCAUUGUUUCAGCUGUCGAUUGUGUAUUUGUAUUUUAUUGCUUUUAAUUUGUGAACUGCCCAGUGGAGAAUGAUUAACUGGAUGGUAUAUACCCCCCCCCCAUAAAAAUAUGUUGCCCUGAGUUCGUUGGAGGGAAGGAUAUAAACAUAAGACUGAAGUCCUUUACGCACUUCCUGGGAGUAAAGCUUAUUGAAUGAAGAACAGCAAUUUCAGAACACAGCAGCUCCCCAGAUGUCUAUGCAAAGCUCCAGCAGGAUGGGACCAUAACAGCACUCUCCCACUUGUGAACGCCAACAACCAAUAUUCAGAAGCACCAAUACAAGAGGCAGUGCAAUGUCAGCAGCAGAGCAUCAACCGACAGAGCCUUCUCCAUUGCCUAAUUUAGCCAGCUCAUCUGAAGCACUGGAAACAGAUGCAGCCAAUAAAUAUGAGGCAGUUUGCCCUCAUUGGUUUUAUUGCAAGGUAGUAGAUUCAAGAGAGAGGUGGAUUCCCUUCAGUGGACAAGAUUCAGAGAAGUUAGAAAAUGCUCAUAAAUCCAGCAAGUACUGUGAUGAGCUAGUUGUUCCAACAGAGGGGGGAAGAUACGAUGUACAUCUGAAGAAGAGGUUACGCUAUGCUGUUUACUGGGAAGAAGAUGAAUCUGAAGUGAGGCGCUGCACUUGGUUUUACAAGGGAGACAAAGACAACAGAUAUAUCCCAUACCCUGAAAGCUUCAGUGAAGAGCUAGAGGACACUUAUAUGAUCUGUGUCACCUUAGAUGAGUGGAAAAAGAAACUGGAGUCUCCGACCAGAGAAAUCAUCAUAUUGCAUAACCCAAAGUUGAUGGUACAUUACCACCCAGUAACAACCACUGAUGACUGGGGCGCAAGUCCCACAGAGCAAGGCCGGCCAAGAACUGUGAAGAGAGGAGUGGAAAAUAUUUCUGCUGAAAUUCCUAAUGGGGAACCUUUGCAGAUAGACCAUUUGGUUUUUGUUGUUCAUGGAAUUGGACCUGCAUGUGAUAUUCGGUUCCGGAGUAUUGUUCAGUGUGUCAAUGACUUCCGCAAUGUUUCAUUGAGUAUGCUGCCUGCCCACUUCAAGAACGCUCAGGAGCAGCAACAGAUUGGCCGAGUAGAAUUCCUCCCAGUGAACUGGCACAGUACUUUACAUACUGGAGUAGAUGUAGACUUGGAGAGAAUCACCUUGCCAAGCAUCAAUCGCCUGCGUCAUUUCAUCAAUGACACCAUCCUAGAUGUUUUCUUCUAUAAUAGCUCCACCUACUGCCAGACCAUUGUGGACACAGUUGCUUCAGAAAUGAACCGUAUCUACCUGCUCUUCUUGGAGAGGAACCCUGAUUUUAAAGGGGGAGUCUCAAUAGCAGGUCACAGCUUAGGAUCACUUAUAUUGUUUGAUCUUCUCACAAAUCAAAAAUGUACAUCUGAUGGAGAGGAAGAUAAAAAUGAGGAGUCACAGAUAUCAGCAACCGGCCAAGAAGGCAUUGGAUCUGUGACAGACAUUUUGACGGAGCUAGAGCUUUCUGAAUAUUGCUCUGUAUUCGAGAAGGAAAAUGUGGACAGGCAAGCACUGGCCUUGUGCACAGAAAAGGAACUUAAAGACAUGGGAAUUCCCCUGGGACCCAGAAUGAAAAUUCUGCAUUAUUUAAGGAACAAAAGCAACAACCAGAAUUCUAAAGGGCAGACACCUGCAGCUGCUGGGGAAGGUGGAAAUGUCAAGCAGGAGGUACCUGUAAAGCCUACAAAUGCAGAGACAAGUUGCCGGCGUCUGGAUGUUGUGACAGGGCAGGUCUCGGCAAACUAUCCUCAGCUAAUCUACAAACCAGAGAUCUUCUUUGCCUUUGGCUCCCCUAUUGGGAUGUUUCUCACUGUGCGAGGGGUGAAGAGGAUCGAUCCGAACUACAGCCUGCCUACCUGCAAAGGCUUCUUCAAUGUAUUCCAUCCUUUUGAUCCAGUAGCAUACAGAAUUGAGCCCAUGAUUGUCCCUGAUGUGGAGUUUGAUCCAAUGCUGCUCCCUCACCACAAGGGGAGGAAGAGAAUGCACUUAGAACUGAAGGAAGGCCUCACGCGAAUGAGCAUGGACCUAAAAAACAAUUUACUGGGCUCCUUGAGAACAGCUUGGCAGUCAUUCACCAGGACUUCACUUCCAGCUGUGGAGGCAGGAGCCACUGGAGAUACGGAACAAGUAUUGGAAGCUGAAGCCAGUUCAGAGAAACAGACUGAUAGGAAACCUGAGGAACCAACCACACCAGUGAAAGAAGAGUCUGCCCCAGUUAACGUGGGUAUGCUCAAUGGUGGCCACCGCAUUGACUACGUGCUUCAAGAGAAGCCAAUCGAAAGCUUUAAUGAGUACCUGUUUGCACUGCAAGGCCAUCUCUGCUACUGGGAGUCAGAGGACACAGUGCUGUUGCUGCUGAAAGAGAUUUACCAAACGAUGGGCAUCGGCAUGGACCAGCCCCUUCCAUAAAGCCAGAUUAACCAGCUGCACCAAAUAUUUGCUCCAUGUUGAAAACUCAUCAAGGCUCCUGUCCACCUUCCUUUUGUCUCCUCUGUUGCUGCUGUGCCCAGCAUGCUUCACCCCCACUGCCUGGAGCUCUGGAGGACUCACCACCCAAGUCUUAUUCCAUGGGAAGUGCAGCAAGCACUUUGACUCUCUGGGCUGUGUCCUCUGGCUAGAGGCGAGCGUGUGUCAAGUUGCAAUACCACCCGCAUCAGGUCUAGUGGUGCACUAGGCGGGGCCAGGAAUCGGUGCUAGAACUUCACACCUCCUCUUGAGUUGGAAAGCUGUGAUACAGGACGUUGAUACCAAACUGGGGAGAUACCACACUUUGCUGAGUAAAGCUGUGAGGAAUGUGGGCAUAUGGAAAUGCUUGUUUUGUGGCCGCACUGGACACCCAGCACCAGACGUUUUUGAGUAGAUUUUUGUUCCUUCAAACCUUAUUGCUGCUGCUUUGCCCAACAGGUGGAGCUACAGACCAAAGCAAAAAGGCCAGUUCCUGUCCCUACCAUAGCAAGCGCUAUUGUGCUGGUAAUUCCCAUGUAUCGUCCUGUACCAACCUUGCUACAACAGGAAAAGCACAUAGGCACUCACUUAGGAAUAAAUUAGACAGGUGCUUGGAAAAACCCUGUAAAUCUGUAUCUGGCUCAGGUGACUCCUCAGAUUCUGAAAUUGUCUCUGUUGUCUGCUUAGUGUAGUUCUUAUUCAAACAGCUUUAGCAUACUGGAGAAGCUCCAUUUCAUUUGUAUCUUUGCUGUCCAUACUGUGUUAAGAGCUGCAAUGAUCCAGCAGCUAUGCAAUAAGGAAGAGAGCCUGAGCUGCUGGCAGGCUCUUCCCCUGAGCUAGGUUCAAUAAGAAUAGGAUGCCCUACUACAAGUGUUUGGAAAGGAUUAUGCAUCGCAAAGAUGGUGUCUGUGACUGAACAUCCACUCACUUUACAGCUAAUUCUGAUCUCAUUUCUCAGCGGGUGAGUGGGAUAAGUCUGGGUCAAGGGGAAUCAUGUUUCCCAACCCUUUAAACCUAUACCUACUUACCAGGAGAUCCUGGUGGUGAAUUAAAACUAUGCCUGUGCCCAUUUAGUAGGUUGUGUUUUAAAACAGAGUAGCAGUAGCUCUGCACCUGCACUUUUCACACAGGAGAUCAUAUUUUUUUCCUGACAAAACAUAGGAAGGUGGUUGGCCAACUGCUCACCAAGUUGAUAUGCUGAGCUGUAUAUUGAAUACAGGAGGCCACUAAUAUAUUUACUCACCUCCAUUUUCUCCUUGCUACCAGUUCUUCAAGUCCUGUAGUAAGCAAGGAGAAAGGCGAAUUCUGCUUCACUUGCCCUUGAAGGUUGAGUAAGGAAAGAAACAGUGCUGUUCCUCUAAGCUGAAUGCAACUGAGUGGCUUGGCACUGCUGGUGGAGGGUGGUCCACACUAGAGGGCAAGGGGAACUUACUUGCUUCUGGAAAAAAAAUGUGGAACUGUAACCUGAAACAGGUAACAGUCAGGUGAGUCCAGAUGCAGCAGGGGCGCACUUCACCUGUGUCUCAGCAUGGCCUCGGAGGAUUUGCUCAUAUUUUCAGGGAGCCCCUUCUACAAAGGCAACAGCAAACAAUGUGUCAUGCUAUUAUUAUCUCUGUAUUGUGUAUCAAAACUCUUGUCAGUAUUCAGUUUGGUUAUUCAUCCUAUGUAUUUGCACUAUUUGUUUCUGCGUUGUUCAUCAUCUCAUCCACUUGUGCUGCAGCUGAGGGCUCAUCCACUCUUCACCUUUUGCCCUGUGCUUCCUAGGUACAGGUCCCAGCUCCUAAGCCCACCCCCACCACUGCUUUCCCCAGGAAAACCCACAAACAGCAGCUCGGGUUUUCUGCGAAAUUGUUUUCAGUGGUAAAGAGCAGGUUUUCAUAGGGAAAGUGCUGGGGCCAAAAAAAAAGCACACUUUGGAACUUUAAAGCAUGGACCUCUGCCUAGAAAUACAACACAAAAGGAAGUCUGGGUGAGCCCUGAGUGAUGCUAUUUGACACAGCCAAUCUCUAGAUUAGAAUCUCUAGCAGCAGUUAUAGGAAGAGUCCAGCCUCGGUCAAUCAAUUCCCAAACAGCUGUUGAAGUUUAUGCACUUUGUAAAAUAUGUCUAUUUUAAAAGUUAUUUAAUUUUUUUCCAGUAAAUAUUUGACUUUGGUGCAUUUAUUGGCCUCUGUAAGGAGAACCCUGGAAGUCUGAGUGGCCUAAGGACACUUUAUUGUGUCCCAAUAUAGGAACCCAAGCAAGGUUGGAAAAAAGCAGUGAAUGUGCUUUUCUCGUGUAAUUAGAGAAUGGCCACAAGUGAUCAUAGCUUACUGCUUAGCCAGAUACCUGACUUCUGUCAUUCUGUGCACUGUGACAGAAAUCAGCAAUUCAUCCAGCAAUUGUCAACUUGCAAAAGAUGCACAUCUUUCCCCCCAGCAUGUUCCUGUGUUGGAAAAUAAAUACCACAAGGAGCAGCCCCCAAAUACAGAACUUGCCUGAGUUUCCUAUUCCCUUUUCUCACUUCCCCUCUGUGAGGCCAAAUACCAUAGCUCUAGACUUGAGGCAGUAGGUGAUGUUUGCUCUGUGUGCAUCUUGUCUGGGUUGUAGGAAAAUCCUGACGUGCAAAUGACAGAAAUGGUCCUUAAGAUUAUGAAUGUUUAAGGAUGUACAUCUGUAAGUUUAACCACUCACUGCAAUCCAAGUUGCCAUAUUGUAGAUGCUUCACAUCAGGAAAACAUGCUGAAAUACUGUGUCUUUAUCAUAGACAUUAGCUUAAUACUUGCAGAAGUAAAAAUUCUUGCUUUCA